CUCAGUUUUCUGACCGCCUCGCUCGCUCCUGUGUUUCGUUCACAACCUCCAUCCCGACCAAACGACCAAACCCUCCCUCUCCUGCUCCGGGCUCCAGCGGCGGCGGAGGCGGCGGCGGCGGCGAAGAUGAUCAUCCCGGUGCGCUGCUUCACCUGCGGCAAGGUGAUUGGGAACAAGUGGGACCUCUACCUCGACCUCCUCCAGGCCGACUACUCGGAAGGGGAUGCUCUGGAUGCUUUGGAAUUGUUCCGCUACUGCUGCAGGCGGAUGCUCAUGACCCAUGUUGACCUCAUUGAGAAAUUGCUCAACUACAAUACACUGGAGAAGACUGAGACAAGUUAAGUGAGCACAUCAUGCUCCAAAAGCACUACUGUUUCGUAGUAUCAUAGUGUGUUGUAUGUUGUUUCUUAUCCAUCAGGAGAGAGAUGCUUUGAGUGUGAACAUGCUUUUGCUCAUGAGCGUGGACUUUUCAUGUGAAAUUGCAUGUUGCAUCUAUGCCAUGACGUUGGAUAUUUUAAGUGAUAUAACUGUAACUGAAACCUAAUGUAUUUGUGUGGAUUGAAUUCGAUAAUAUUUUGUUGACAGAUGUGCGUCUU